AUUUCAGCACCAGCCAGGAAAAUAAAUCCUUCAUUCAUUGGAGGUAUUUCUUGUCAUCGUAGAGAAUUUCACACUUCAGGUGAGUGUACGAUACAAGCUCUCAGUCAUCCACGUGUGGGCCGGCUGCCGCUUAAUUGCAUGCAAUAUUCUGCAGCAUUUCAUUAAGGUUAGCUUACGCAGUGUAACAGUAAUAUAUAUCGACUUUUUAUCGAGGUUUUAAGCUUUUGGGCUUGUUAAGUUUUAUUAUUUCUUUCACAACUUUAACAAGACUUAGACUAUUUAAAUAGUCAAAUAUUAUUGAAGUGUUAUGCAAGCGUAAUAUUAAUUAAUUAUUAGGAAUAUGACAAGCUUGAAAGUAAUUUUGUUUGAAAUAUCUUCCACCAAACUUCACCUUCCUUUAAAAGAUCUUUUUCUAAACGACCAGAACACAGUACUGGUAUAGUGAAGAUCACAACAAAAUGUCUUGCCAAAUGGCUUGCUGUCAUCUUCUUUCUGCCAUCCUGCAACAUAAGGUCACUAUUGUGAGGUAUGAAUAACAGGGAUGGCCCAGACCCAUUGAUAUAUGACACUGAUUUAUUAUAUAAACACCAAUGAAAUACCAGGCGAGCUUUCGCACGAAAACUUGAUACCUUCACAUGUGAAAAUAACAUUAUUGUUAUCUUCAUAUGUGAAAAUAUCACCAUUGCUAUGGCUUCAUAAUAAAUCGCACCUUUCACACCAAAAAACUAUUAAAGUGAAAUGGUUUGGUUGUUCAUUGGUGUUUAUAUAAUAAAUAGAACAUGGAACAUAAAUUUUUGUAACAUAAAUUGUAACAUAAAUUUUUGUACAUUACAUGGCCGCUUGGAGAUACAAAAUUUCUCUUCUCGUGUUGAUAAAAAUAUUUCACUCGUUCACUGGGCUCACUGAUGAAAUAUUUUUCAACACUCGAAGAGAAAUUCUCUAUUUAUGCCCUCUGUGUUUUGGUCUCUGAGGCACAGAUGUUUCUCCUGGCAAAAUGUCCCUAGACUAAAACCCUUCAAAUUUUUAAAAGUUGUUCAUAUUGGCUGUACAGGUUAUCACUUGUCCAAUGAACAAAGGCCCUGGCAAAUCUUCUUUUAACUAAAUCAUAAAAGUCAGACAAGGAUGGAAUGACACUGGCAAGGAAAAAUUCAUCACUGUUUGUAAAAGUGGAUUGAAUACUUUUGUUUUGCUAUCUGUAGAUUCAACUUACAGAAAAGAUUACUACAAAACUCUUGGAGUCCCACCAAAUGCUGACCAAAAAGAAAUUAAAAAAGCUUACUUCAAGGUAAGUACAUUGUAUACAAAGUAGCCCCUUCUAUCAUGUUUAUUCAUCCAUUCUUCCAUUGUCUGGUGUUUGGACAGAAAUUCCAUCUGUGAUGAUUUCCAGCAGGGCUCAUUUGAGAUAAUGAAGGUGUAACAUAAAUUUUUGUAACUAUUUUUCUAUUCAAUCAGUUAGCCAAACAAUACCAUCCAGAUACAAACAAAUCUGCUGGUGCUGCUGAAAAGUUCCAGGAAAUAAGUGAGGCCUAUGAGGUAUGUUUUGUUGUUGUUGUUUUUUUCUCAGUUCCAAAAGUUAGUUUUGUAUCUUUCUGCCCCUCCCCCGUCUCCACCCAUGAAGGAAACUACAGUUCAUGAAGUUGAACUGGGUACCUUGUCCAUGGACCUAUCUUCAGACUACACCCUUUACUGACUCCACUUUAUUCUUUAGCACAUCCACCUUUCUAGUAAAACAUAACUACUCUCUUUUUCCAUUAGGUUCUUAGUGAUGAUGAGAAGAGGAGAUCAUAUGAUAAUUUUGGAACAGCAGAUUUUGCUGGAGCGGCAGGUAUGACUGUCAACUUGGAAUUCACUUAUUGCAACAGCAAUGAUUUAACACAGGAGACUGCUCACUCAAGAAGUCUAAAAAAUACUAUCACCUUGUGAUAUUAUUUUUAUUGUUUUUGUAGUUGACAGUGAUUUUUGUACCUCUGAGUCCUGUGUCCCUGACACAGAAAAAUCCCCAAAGACAAAGAUAAUUCAUGGCAUACAUCCCGUAGCUACCUACAUGUGUGUUUUUUUACUAUGAUUCUUUGGUGCUUAUUUGGACUAAUUUGUAUUUAAGGAAAAAGAGUCAGUUUUAGGCCUUUUGCUUCAGGGCUUCCACUACAAAAAUAAGAUUUUAACCAUUUUACAUGAACUCCAAGUUAGUCCCGCUUUAAUAGAAGUAUCUGGUUGAAAAAAAAUUAAUCAUGUUUGUUUUAAUAAUUAUCAAUAAAAAAUAAUAAAUAUGAAUCUGCAAAAGAUUGUAUCUGACCAAUUGUUUACGCCACUUAACUAGACGCUCCUAAAUAGAUAGCAACAACCAGCUGAACAUGUAACAUUUUUAUUCAAAUUAUGAAUUAUUGUUUUUCAGGUGGUGGUAACCCUUUUGGUGCCCGAAGUCCAUUUGGGCAAAAUAUUGAUCCAGAGGACAUCUUAAAAUCCUUUUUUGGUGAACGGGGAAGUCCAUUUGGGUUUGGAGCCAGCAGCAGUGGAGGUUUUGAAGACUUCAAUCAAGUACAACAGGUACAUACAUGUACAAUAAACUGGGGAUCUUAAAGGAGCUGUGUCACGAAAUUCAGCCAAAUUAGGUUAUUGCAAAAUGCCCGUCAAACUAAAAAAAACGUAAAAAUAACUGCUUAAAACAUUAAAGGAAGGUUAAAAUAACACAACAGAAGAUUGAAACGGAUUGAAAUUAGGGUUUUUGAAAACUGUUCAGCCUAACAGUUUUUCAAAGUUUAUCUCUGCUGUUUGUAGCUUCAAAAUAAUGCUCAGGGGACAUAUUUGUUUGUCUCUAAUCUCUGAUUUUGUCAUUUACAUGUAAUUUCUUUGCCUACUUUAAGUUCCAUAGCGAUUGAGGGCAAGUAAUUAGUGAAAUAAAACAAAAUGAACUGGACCGCCAUGACACAGCCCCUUUAAGCAAUGAUGAUGGCAACAGCGAUGCAGAACUGAAAAAACACAAUAAGUUGAAAUAAGCAAAACAACAACUUUACCCCUGAUCACACUUUUUUGUACAUUUCCUUGCCAUAACUGCAUGACUACAACAUGAAAAUGCCUGAUGUCACAUUUUGUGGAGAACAUGAUCUCAAGGAAAAGACUUUAUUUUCAUUUUUCUGAACUUUGAUACAGUCCUUUAGAAUUCAACUCCACAAAAAUUUGCCAAAGUUUUACAAAUUAAACAAGAUGGAAUAAGAGCGUUAAAGUUUGAAGCAACACAAAUUCACAAAAUUUGUGACGUUUUUGUAGCCAUCACUGUCGUUGUUGUUUAAGCUCCAUAAUUAUUGUAGUAAUUGUACAAUGUGAAAAAUAGUGGCUCAAAAUUCCUUCUAUACCAAAGUGCGCUGGAGUCAAGAUACAUGUGGUUGUAGUUAUUUUGUAACAACAAGUAUAAUUCGCACUUCACUGUUGACAAUUGCGAAUGAUGCUUUGUUUUUCUUCUUUAGUAUGUGUUGAACUUGUCAUUCAUGGAAGCAGCCAAAGGUUGCAACAAAGACAUAACAGCAAGAACACAAGUGAUAUGUGACCGAUGUGAUGGAAAACGGGCAGAACCUGGGACAACUUACUCUACAUGUUCCACGUGUAAAGGAACUGGAGAGGUACUGAUCUUUUUUUUUUUACUUUCAAACUUACAGUGCAGACACUCAAACCAGGUCACUUGGAAGAAGAUUGCUCAAUCACAGCAUUUUCUGAAAGGAAAGAUUUUCAAUUUUUUUGCAAACAGACCAAUAACAUUAAUUUUGUAAAUUUCAAAGGGUUUGAAAGUUUUCAACAAUUAUAUAGUUGAGCCUUGAAUGUAAUUGGUCCGUUUACAAAAAAAACUUGAGAAUCACUUGUUUCCAGAAAAUGUUGUGGUGGGACAAUCUUCUUCUAAAGUGUCCCAGUUUGAGUAUCCACACUGUAACAUUGUACUUAUCAAAAGUCAGAACUAAUCUGCUGGACUAGUAUGAUUUUUUGUGAGUUUUCAGUAGAAACCCUUCACUACAGUAUGAUAAUUUUUAUUAUACUAAUACCAAGUUAUAGUCUGGUCUGGCUUUACAGUCCUGGGCCAGGUUGUUCAACACUGGAUUAAGAUAACCCAGGGUAUACAGUGUAUAUAAAAGUUUUAAUUAGCAAAUUCAGAUUUAAUUCCUUUAGUCUAUAGUUUGAUUAUUGGAUGCUCCAAGAAAAGUAAAAGAAACCAGGUAUAAAACUCCUUAUUAGCAGUAAAAUUCCUGUUAGGCCCAAUUGGUCUGGUCUAGCCAGCUCAUGCAGUCCUUAGAAAUGGUAAUUAGUGUUCUUUGUUUGACACUGUCCUUCACUUUUUUUACCUAAAUAAUAAAUCACAGCAGUUGAAUAAUGUAAAGAAAACAGUGUUUCAGUUUGAGUGGGAGAUAGGAACAGACGCUCACCAGGCUGGAUUAGCUGUCUUUCAUUGAAGAUUAGGGACUAUAGAUUUUCAUAGUUGUUUGGUUAAGUUUGGGCCCCAACUACAGUGACCACAACAGGAAAGUGCAGAAUACUACCUUUUUUGAGGGUAACUUGCUGUUGUAAAGUGUGUGGUUUUUAAUAAUAAUUGGUAAGUCUGAGAAAAGGUACAUGCCCUUACAGUGUACUUGCCAGCUUGUUAGUAACUGUAUCCAUGUUGAUAGUUUUCUCGUGUAUCCAUGUUUGUUUUCAACCGCAGGAAACAGUAAACACAGGUUUCUUUCACAUGAGAUCAACAUGUCGGCGAUGUGGUGGACAAGGUCAUAUUAUAAGCACACCUUGUAAAAAGUGCCGCGGGAAAGGAAGAGUUACUGAAACCAAAACCGUUACUAUCCCUGUUCCAGCAGGUGCUGUACAAGCUGUAUUAAUUUUAUAAUAAUUAUAUAUGGUGUUGGGGAACUUUAGAAUUUGAAGCCUACAUAGUAGGUAUUCCUACAGUGUAAGAGUUUGUUGCAAAGAAUUGUCAAAAGAGAGAAAAGAAAAGGAAGAAGGUGGGGGAGAGAACAACACUUUCUCACCUUGCGAAUCAGAGGCUCCAUUUGUGGGAAACACAUUUUUCGAAAUUGUUUCCUUUGCAGGCAAGUAUGUGUGAUAUAUUUCCUGCUGAGACAAGUUUUUGUUUAGCCUUGGGAGACCCUCGAUAGAUUUUGCUAUAUUAUUGACACAGACACCCUGCCAAAGUACUUAUUCCUUUGGAUGUUUUUAACAUCAGUUUUAUCCAAAUCUAUAGGAGUUGAGGAUGGUCAAAUGGUCAGAGUACCUGUAGAGGCUGGAGAACUGUAUGUAACAUUUAGGGUAAGUAUAAAAAGCCAUUAAUUUUAUAUGGAUUGCAUGUGAUACCUGUAAGUGAAUUACAGGCCACUCCACUCCUGAUAAAGACUUGAACCUUCCAUGGAAAUCAAAAAAAGUUUGAGUCAUCAAGAGUUUGAAGCAAAUAACCAGAAGUAAGGAAAUGGGUUGGGGAAGGAAUGCAAGUAUCAGGCGUACUUCACUUCUCUUUGCUGUGCCGCAGCAUGCAUUUGAAGGGAAGGGUGCAGAAGGAGAUAUUGAGACUUAUGAGAAUGUUACAAUGCCCGGCCCUGGCCACCUUCUGAUCCAUGAGCUUGCCUGCAAGAGCUUACGUUUAUGGCUGCUCAAUUGGCUAGGCUCCAAGCUUUUGAGUGGUAUGCCCAUGUUUGAUCCCUGGCUGGACUAACGCUCUUGCUCUUAAAACCACUUAGGUGAGGGGACAGCCUUCACAUAAGCAAAAUUAAUAGUUAGGAACUGUAGUCAUUUUCAGAUGUUGAGGAAAACCCAUUGUCCCCAUCUCAUAGCAAAGCUCCUUCACUGAUCUGACUUUUAUGAGGUGUAGAAGAAGCUACAUGUACACUGUUGUUCGAAGAGAGAUAAAAAAAAAAUAAUGGACUUUAUCAUCACUGACUAGUUCAUUUUGUUUAAAUAUAAUACUAAUUUCACUUUCAUAUUCACUAUGAAAAUUGGGAAAUUAUUUUUCAAUGACAAAACUACGGCUUCUUAAGUCACAAAAAAAGUCUUUCAAGCAUUAUUUCAAACAUUACAAAUAGCAACAAUGAAAUGAACCAGACUGUUAUGCUAAAAUAACCUUAGUAUGUGUUUUUGAGUUUGCUGUGUUAUUUAAUGCUUUGAGUGGCUAUUUUUAUGUUUCACUCAACUUGGUGGCAGUCCCUACUGUCUUGACUGGAUAACCUAUAUUGAGUUAGGUGUAUUGUGAUUAAGGCCUUGUUGUUGUCAGUUUGGAAUUUGGAUUCAUGUCCUGUGUCGUCCGCUAUCACCAUGUUUCACCAUUGUCAAAAAAUUAGAUUAAGUAAAGAAUAUUGUUGCAUGAUUUAUAUUGAAGAGCUUUUCUCUGUUAUAUUGCGCUUUCAGGUCAGUGAGAGUAAGAUAUUUGAAAGAGAUGGUCCAAACGUUUCCUCUACAGUCACCAUCAGUUUUACGCAGGUAACAUUUUUCUCUUAACAGUAAGUCCCUACAAAGUUUGUGUUUGUACAGUAUAACUAUAUACAUGAGUUCUUUAGGUAAUGCUACAUUUUCACUCCGUUAGGCCUCAGCCAGAUUCCAGGCAUUUUUUAUUACAGUGAAACCUGUAUUAAGUGGACACCCACGGGGAAUGCUGUAGUGUCCGCUUAAUACACGGUGUCUGCCUAAUACAGGUUUCGAUAGAUAACGUCAUAUGAGAUGUCAAAUGCCAUUCAAAUGAACAGUGGAAAUGUUAAGAAUACUCCCAGCGACUUUGACGAUAUACGUUUGCAUUAAUUUCUUUAUCAAAGUGGACCAACUGGUCAUAGUACUAUAAACAUAGAUUGCAACUCAAAUUUGAAGAAAUCAGAUGAGUGAAGCAAGCUCUAUACAAACAAAACGAAAUAGAAAACAAUACUGUACUGUGAAACUAAUACAAUCUUUUAAUGUAAAAAUCGAAAAAGUUGUGGGUGGCAAUUCGAGGUAAUCUUUCACAUUUCCGGUUCUCUGGCAUGCUGGGUAGUGAAAUUUGAUUACAAGUGUCCGUUUAAUACAGGUUGGCAACAAUAGAAAAGACUAUUUCAGGUACUUUUUAGGUGUCCGCGUCCACUUAAUAGAGGUGUCCUCUUAAUAAAGGUUUCAUUUAAAGUAAAUAAGGGAAAUAAAUUUUGGGCCUUCGGCUACUGUCCACUUAAUGAAGGGUGUCCUCUUAAUACGAUGUCCGCUUAAUACAGGUUUCACUGUAUAUUUCGUAGGAUGUCGUUCAGUUUCAGGAGCUUACUUUAGUCGACUAGGUAAAGUUCAUUGUUGAUUGUGCUCCCUGACUGAUGUGUAUGUGGUUUAUGACAGGCUAUUCUUGGCGGAACAAUCCGUGCUCCUGGGAUCCACGGAGAGAUUGAGCUUAAGAUUCCCCCUGGAACACAGUCCCAUCAGAAGCUGCGACUCUCAGGGCGUGGCAUCCCAAGAUUAAAUGGCAUGGGUAAAGGGGAUCAUUUUGUCAAUUUUAAAAUACAUAUACCCAAGUAAGUUGAACAUACUGUAUCAGGACUUUACUGUGGUUAAGACUGUAGGCCAUUUCCAGGAUGUUCCAAGCCUCUGUUUCAAAGCGAGGCUAAGUGCAAAGCCAUUGGUAUAAAAAUGAUUUUUUGUUUUCAUGCAAAUAAAACACAUUUUCAUCAGAAGUUUUGCACUUAGCCUGGUGAGAGUGAGAAUUUUGGGACUCCGAAUCAGCCUAAUAUUAAAUACAUUAUUUUAUGUAUAAAUUAUUCCUUAAUGUUACCAAGGGAGACUCAGAACUACAUGGAAACGGUCUGUUUUUUUUCAGUCUAUCGAUAAAAUCAAUAUUUAAGUAUGUACAGUCAACUCCCUUUAUAGCAGAAACUGUUGGACCUUGAGUUAGUGUCUUCUGUAGCGAGAGUCCGUAAUAGCGGGAGUUUAUUUCAGUCAAAUGUCUGUAAUUUAUUUUUGUCCGGAAUUUAUCUGCUGUCCGUAUUAUUGGGGUGUCUGUCAUAGCGGGGUGUCCGCAAGGCGAGAGUUGACUGUACAUGUUUAAGUUCAUUAUCUUACUUUGAAAACAAAUAAUUCUACAGCAAAAAGACUAUGAGUUACGGUGAAAGAUCUUAUCACAUAAAGCAAUUCCUUGUCUACACAUUAAACUUAUUUAAUUUUUUUUUUUUAAUUUUUUUUUCAACUUUCUGAAAGAAUUUUUUUUAAAAAAAUGCUAUCAAAUUUGUGGUGCGGCUUUCAUACUCGUAUGACACACUAGACAAUUUGCAUGUAUUUGCCUUGAAAUUUUCCCGUCCUGUUUUGAAAAUGACGUCUAUAAUUUUAUUGACUUUCUUCGGAGCGGUCUUAUGAGUUAAAAUUCUUACUGAUGAGUGCUAUUUUGUAAAUUUGUAAUAAGGUACUUGAAUGAGAAGCAAAAGGCGCUGAUUCAAGCAUACGCUGAGCUUGAAGAUGAUGCUAAUGGGACAGUAAACGGACUGGAGAAGUCCAGCAAAGGUGAGGGUGUUUGAAAUUCAUGGAGCCCGCAUGAUUGAAAAUAGUUGUUUAGUUCUUUUAUCUAUUUUGGGCCAAAACAAAGGGGAACCACUACCGUGUGAAAACUGUCCAAAUGCGCCGGAUUCUCGUUAGCUGUUCGUCUGUAACAUAAUUUUGUUUUUAGUUCUAAUUUGUUGAAGAAUUUGUGAUCUUUAUGAGGAGAUUAAAAAAACCCUCAGGAGUGUUACAUCCCUUAUCAUGGAGCCCGCAUCUUUGAAAGAAAUAAGCUCCGAGAUACGGUUUUAACAACACCAAGACAAUAAAUAAGAAGGAAAUUGUACUCCGGAUAUGCGCUAAUCGGCUUUUUCAGAUAGCUCUGUCUGAGUCGACUAAGAAUCAGUUCAACGUAGACAUUUAACUGCUUCCUAUUUUUCGUGAGAUUGUUGAGGUCGAUUGCCGAAGGGUAAAAAUUCCCCUUGGACCCGGGCCCGGAUGGGAGGGGGGCGGUUGAAGACCAUCCAAUCCUCUCCCCUGGGGGGCUGAUUUGUGCUCUUCCCAGGUUACGUCCAUCACAGGAAAUAGAUACAGCGGCCUCCAAACUCGGCGGUCGACCUCGGUUAUCAGACAGAAAAAUAGGGGACCGUGGAUAGUCUAUUGCUAACCCCUCUGAAUAAGUUUUUCGAUAACAGAUGAAACACGCCUUCUCGUGUUGCAUGUAUACCUUCAGUCCAUGCUAUUCACAUCCCUGCCUUUAGUAACAAACGCAGGUAUGUAAAGACAAUUUGAUGGCAUUGCAUGAUAAUCUAUCUAUCCAUCACACAGACGCUACUAGCAACGACUGGCAGGCUUAUGAAACACCCAAAGGCGAAAAUAUCUCCAAAAAGAUCGAGUCUGAAGAAGUUGUUGAAAAGAAACGUCCUUUCGGUCGCUUUAGACCUGACGGUUCGUGGGACGAUGAGGACGAAGAAGCAAAAGCAAAACAGACCAAAUUAGCAGUUAUGAGAUUUAUAAUGGUCACUUCCAGUGUUGUCGCAGUCUACUUGCUGUUGAACUUUUAUUUUUUUACGCUGAACGCCCGAGAGGAUGUCACUGAAAAAGAACAGUUUAGAACAAUAACUAAUUUUGAAGGCGGUUGUGGUGCUAGUUAA